GCAAAUGGCAAGUAAAUUAUCCAUCCGCCGCGGCCAGGUUCACGUGCCCGAAACCUGUGCUUGGUGUGAAAGCAUACAGGAAGUUAACUGGUUUUGUAAUGACUGCCAGGAGGCUUUGUGUGACAAAUGUAAGGACGGCCACCAACGUGGGAAGAAGACACGGAAUGAUGACGUCGUGCCAAUAAGGGAGGCUAACAAACAAGAUCAAGUAGUACUACCAGAGGUAUGUAAGAUACAUCGAGGUAAGGCUUGUGACUUGUACUGUAGUGACUGUGACAUUGUGAUGUGUACGAUGUGUUUUACCGAGACACAUAAACAACACACUUUCAAAAAUAUUAAGGAGGAAAUUGACUCGCAAAAACAUUACAUGCAAGAUCAAUUAAAAAUACUCAAGUCCAAGUUAGACCAUUUUGAUGAUAAUCUAUCAAAGCGUCAUGAAGUGAGCAAGUCAUUCAUAGAGAGCGUGGCUGUCAUCCGACACCAAGUACUUACUCAGAGACAGAAACUGAAAGCACAGGUUGACUCCAUAGCUGAUACAUUCUUGAUCGAGUUAUCGUCAUUGAUUGAAGAAGAAGAAAUACUUCUCAAACAGGAAUGUCAACCCAACGAAAAUUAUAUCAAAGAGAUAAAGCAACUGAUCAGAGAUGUAGAGCAGAACACAGACACAAUGUCUAGUACAUCCUUGUUUGAGCUGACGGGGAGACUGAGAACCACCAUACCGCUCUAUUAUGUUGCUACAAAGAGCGUGUUACCUUACCCACCUCACUUCGUGUUUGGAACAUUUAACGCAGAUCAGUUGAAGUCAAUGAUUGGAUAUCUUCAGGUCGACAAAUUGAAAACUGAAGACAUCAGAUAUAAGAAGAAAGAGGUUGACAGUAAAAAGGUUAGUCAGAAUUCUACAUUCCGAGAACGAAAGCAAACACAAAUCAACUCGAUAUGUCCUAUUGACGAUAAUCACGCAUGGAUGUCAGUACGUGGAUCUACAGAGGUGAUCAAAGUUAACAAGAACGGCAAGGUCACAGAGUCCGUCAGCCUUGACUUCAGCCCGUGGUUUCUGAAAGUGACUGACACGAAAGAACUACUGACCACGUGUGGUUCAUCAGUGAUACAUAAAAUAUCAAAGAACAGACGAGUGACCAGAUUUACUGACAUCAGUCCGCUUAAAGCUUGUGGUAUCAGUGUCAGUGACAGUGACGAGGUGUUCGUUACUACUCACACUGCAACAAUACAGGUACUGAACAUGUACGGGGAGAGAAUCAGACAAAUAUCGUGUGGAGGUGAUGGGCUGAGUAUCGUAUGUUUGACAACAGGAAAAAUAGCUGUUACCACUGGCGCGAAUAUUUAUUAUUGUAAAGAAAUGAUUGUCAUCAACAAAUCUGAUCAGGUUAUACAUAAGUGGAGUGGGGAACUAGACAAUGGUCAGAAGUUAGAAGAGACGGUGCAAUGUAAUAUAGCAAGUGAUAGAUAUGACAGAGUGUAUGUACCAGACAUGAACACUGGCCAGGUAUACGUCCUGUCGGUGAAUGACAAAAAGGCCAAGUGUCUCCUUGACAAGAAACAUGGAGUAAAACUUCCAACGGCUGUGUGUAUAGACAGGUGUGGACAUGUUUGGAUCGGCUGUGAGAAUGGCACUGUGCAUGUGAUGGCACUAUGAACAAAUAAGACUGUUUGGACAUUAAAUAACAUUACCUUACAGUGGUUAUACCAAUUGUAUAGCUCCUAUCCGCUGACGCCGCAAUGUUACCCGAAUAUUUCAUCUGCACUGUAAAAAUGUCACCGGUACAUAAAAAAUGCUAUAGUGUCGUAUGCGCAAGUUUAAUAUGAUCCUGUUUGUAUUAAUUAUAAUAUGAUAAAAAAAAAUCAUUUUGCAUAACAGAUAACGGUGUGACUAUGAUUUUGAGAUUUGUUUAUAUCAAAGUUCUCCUUUAAAAAAAAUAUGGAUGAAAGGUAAAUUAUCAAAUUUCAUAUUUUAAACAAAUUGAUAUCAAAUACAUUUACAUCUCGACAAUGAGCCUGAUUGGAAAAUAGGCCUACCUUAAAAAUAAGACUUGGUUACCUUACAGCUACACAUAUUUCAAUAAUAAACCAUCUUUAGGAAAUAGGCCUGUCUGGACUAGAAACGUUGAAUUUUAAGUAGGAACCACCUUUUCUCCUUGUCGACCUAAACAAGAUUCAAACUAAACAGGUUAAAAUGAUUCAAAUCACGUGAUACAAUAUUACAACAAUAUUAUAUAUCAGAUUUGUAUUGAUACAUUUGCUAAAAUCGUUAAUGUAGAAAAUAUGGUGAAGAGUACCCUAUAGUUCUAUUAUUGUAGAACAUGUACAUACAAACAAUCUAUAGACUAAACACGUUUAUUCUCUUUCACCUUCCGUUUAUUUAAUGUCCCGAAUUUUAAUUUGAUGAGAGUUGGUGGGAUGAGAGAGUUUUCCGCACUACGACAUAAAAAUACGUAACGACGACGCCGUAAAAUGACUCAAUAUAUGUCAUAUAUUACGAUGUAAACAUGUCAACUAUAAAGAUUCUGUCUGGUUUACUGCAAUAUCAGAACUUCUAUUUUCCAUCAAUAUGUCAUCAGCAGGAAAUCGACAUAGAAACCCUAUACUCAAAUUUAGCAGAAACUGGUUUGUUUUCCAUCAUACUGUAAUGUUAACAGUUAUAUUGUACAUUUGGCACAUACAGAUCACAGUGCAAUUAUAGUUUGAAACCGUGAAUAUAUAAAUAAUCAUAAUUAAGGAUGACAGGAAAACAAUAAAGUUUCAUUUUUUAAUUCAAUUAAUCAAGUAUAAUCUUGUAUUA